CAGUGUCGAGGAAGAAACCUCCAGAUCAGUGUGCUAGCAAGCAAUUGAGCGUUAAUUUGUCUUCUUAGUUUACAUUUUACUCAAUUUAAGAGAAACAUGUCGGAAAGAAAAGUUUUAAAUAAAUACUAUCCUCCGGAUUUUGAUCCGUCUAAAAUCCCCAAACUUAAACUUCCAAAAGACCGUCAGUAUGUGGUCCGAUUGAUGGCACCAUUUAAUAUGAGGUGUAAAACGUGUGGCGAGUACAUUUACAAAGGCAAGAAGUUCAACGCUCGUAAGGAGACCGUUCAGAAUGAGCUCUACCUGGGGCUUCCCAUCUUCAGAUUCUACAUUAAAUGCACCAGAUGUUUGGCUGAGAUCACAUUUAAGACAGAUCCGGAAAACACAGAUUACGCCAUGGAGCACGGGGCAACACGUAACUUUCAGGCUGAGAAACUGAUCGAGGAGGAGGAGAAGAAGAUCCAGCAGGAGCGAGAGGAUGAGGAACUCAAUAACCCCAUGAAGGUCCUGGAGAACCGCACGCGUGACUCAAAGUUGGAGAUGGAGGUGCUGGAGAACCUGCAGGAGCUAAAGGAGCUGAACCAGAGGCAGGCGCAGGUGGACUUUGAGGGAAUGCUGGGUCAAUAUAAAGAGCUGGAGCAGAGAAAGAAGCAGAGAGAGCAGGAGGAAGACGAGCAAGAGACCAAAGAGAUGUUGGAGAGAGCUCUGGUCAAAAGACUGAGGGACUCAGACUCUGAAGAAGAAGCAGAAAACGAAAAGGAGCGAAGCAAGAAGCAUAUAGCUGAGAAACCCACGGACAUCCUCACCACAGACGCCAGCACUGCAUCACAGGGCUCGUCGUCUGUAAUGGUGAAGAAACAGAGCUGGGACAGAAGUGUGGGAGGUCUGGGUGUGAAGGGAGCUCUGGGGUCUCUGGUGGUGAGGAAAAAACCAGCAGAUUCUGCCUGUAAACCUUCCCAUGCUGCACCACCAUCGGCUGCUGCUGCUGCUGCUGGCACACAAACAGGUGCUGUCAAACCUGAAUUGUCAUCAUCUUCAAACACACAGCCGGUAUCAUGUCAGAACGGUUCAUCUCUCAGCCUGUUGGGGGCGUAUUCAGACAGCGACGACAGCAACUCAGACUAGCCCAGGACAAAAAGAAAACAAUGCAUUUCAGAUGACUGGAAUUAAAUGCUUGUUUGCAGACCACCAAAAAUGACACAAACCACUUGAAAUUUCCUUAAAUUCCACUCUUUAAAAGCAUAAUUUGAGAGUGCAGGUCAAGAGAUUUUUAGUAUUCAGCGAUGACCUUUUUUAGCUGUGGGACAUAUCGUCUACGAGAAGCCAUAUCCAUUGGCUGGCUUUCAUUCAGUCUAUUAGAUCUGCCCCAUGCCAGUGUCUCUAAUGUACUCUAUAAUGCAUUUCUAAUGUAUUAUGCACUCUAUAAUGUAGUAUUUUCCCCUCCAUGUUAGUUCAAUCAAUAUGAGGAAAUGCAUUUGAGGGUUACAGAGGGGAUAAAUCUAAUUUAGCGUGAUCAUCUCUAAUCCUGUGUUGUAAAAGACCUUUUUUUUUUCUCCAGCAUCCAACAAAUAAAUUGUUAGUCAUGUUUUGUUUCAUAGGAUA